UAAGGGAACGAGAAUUUUGCAACACUGGAGGGCAGCUUUGAAAGGCGAACUCGCGCCUGCGCAGUGAGUGACGUUGAUGUCACGUCCCAGUCUGGAGUGCCGGUUUUGCCAGCAGAGGCGAUUCCUUUAGUGACUUGCCUUCCUAACGCUAAAGAUGGCUGAUCCUUGGCAAGAAUGUAUGGACUUUGCCGUUCCUUUAGCAAGAAAAGCUGGAGAGGUAAUUCGAGAAGCACUGACAAAGGAGAUAGCUAUCAUGAUUAAAAGUUCUCCAGCAGAUCUGGUGACAGUCACUGAUCAAAAAGUGGAAAAUAUGAUAAUUUCUUCUAUCAAAGAAAAAUAUCCAUCUCACAGCUUCAUUGGAGAAGAAUCUGUUGCAGCUGGUGCAGGAAGUACUUUGACUGAUGAUCCUACUUGGAUUAUUGACCCUAUUGAUGGAACUACUAACUUUGUGCACAGGUUUCCCUUUGUGGCAGUUUCAAUUGGUUUUGUUGUAAAGAAACAGAUGGAAUUUGGGAUUGUGUAUAGCUGCGUAGAAGACAAAAUGUAUACUGCCAGGAAAGGAAAAGGGGCCUUUUGCAAUGGGCAAAAACUCCAAGUAUCAAAACAAAAUGAUAUUACAAAAGCCCUCUUAGUGUCAGAGCUGGGAUCCAACCGUGAUCCAGAAGUUAUAAAAACAGUUCUUGCUAACAUGCAGAGGCUCCUCAGCAUUCCUGUUCAUGGGAUAAGAGCAGUUGGGACAGCGGCUGUAAAUAUGUGCCUGGUGGCAACAGGAGGAGCUGAUGCCUAUUAUGAGAUGGGGAUUCAUUGCUGGGAUAUGGCCGGAGCUGGAAUUAUCAUUACAGAAGCAGGUGGUGUGCUGCUCGAUGUCUCAGGGAAGCCAUUUGAUUUGAUGUCAAGAAGAAUAAUUGCUGCAAAUAGUCAAGUACUGGCAGAACGAAUUGCAAAAGAGAUUCAAGCCAUUCCAUAUCAAAGAGAUGAUGCAACAAAUUAGUAUCUAAAUGCUAUCCUCCACAUGCCGAACAUUUUUUGUCAGCUGGUCUGCAUACUUCAAACAAGCUUUGUGCGUGAAGCAUACCCUUUGCACUUGAGUAGUUUAGCAGGCAAACUAGGGAUUGGUGUUUAAAAUCCUGACAUUUAAAAGCCUGAAUUUCAAAUCCCCGCUACUUUCAAAGCUUCAGGAAAUUUCCUUCCUCUUGUGUAAAUGGCACAUGGUCAUUUGAAAAUGAUUGUUAAGUGUUCUGUUUUUCAGUCUCUGAAAGGUGAAAUAUUUGAGGAGUCAGGACAAGAUUAUUUUAACCCAGGAUUUAGUAUUUUGUAUAUGUACCAUAUAAUUUAUUAAUAUAUUGUCGAAGGCUUUCAUGGCCAGAAUCACUGGGUUGUUGUAGGUUUUUUCGGGCUAUAUGGCCAUAUUCUAGAGGCAUUCUCUCCUGACGUUUUGCCUGCAUCUAUGGCAAGCAUCUUCACUACCUCUGUCAAGAGAGAAUACCUCUAGAACAUGGCCAUAUAGCCCAAAAAAACCUACAACAGCCCAAUUUAUUAAUAGUUUAGCCCCAGUAUCGUUCACAGCAAGAUUAUUGAACCUAUGUAUACUGAGUGUUGUAUAUAUUCCGUUUUGUACAUUCUGAAUUCCCCACCACAAAACUCUUUUUUAAAAAAUAGAAUAGAGAAUGUAUGUCCCUCUAGAUGUUGGACUCUAACACCAAUUUCUGACUAUUGCCUAUCCUGACUAGAAUUCCUGCGAAACUACAUUGGAGGGGUCACGUCAUUAUGGUUAAAUAUUUUAAUA